AAUACAUCCCUUUAGUACUACUGCUAGCUAGAGAAAAAGUACAACAUGUUGAGAUUUAGCGUAAUUCUAUCCUUAUCAAGCUUCCUCAUUGCCACAAAAUGCCUCCAUGUGACUGCAGAUCAAGCCUUAAUUGAUGGGAUUUGUAGGAAAUCACCUCAACCCGCCUUCUGCCAGUUAUGCAUGCGAGAAGACCCGAAUCGCCUCUCCAUGGACGCGAUUGGGCUCGCCCGACAAUCCACGGAUUGUUCCAUCUCAAAAAGUGUUAAAGUUAGUGUAGAUUUUGACUUCAUUUCCAAUAGCACCGUUGAUAAUUUGAUUAAAGAUGUGUGCCUUAGAUGCCAAUUUUUCCUUGGAAAUGCUAUGAAGUCUCUACAAGCUGCGCAGCGUCAUUUGGAUGGCAGACGUUUCAAAGAUGCCGCCAAUGCGGCGGCCGGAGCCGGUGAUAAUCGCCAGAAAUGCGCCGACUUGAUUUCGGGUGGCUUCCCAGUUGAUAACGUCUUUAAUAUUGAUUUCGAGAUUUUGAAAGAGUAUUAUGUAAAUGCACCUGCAAUUAUUUCUCAGUUAGGGUAAUUUCAAGGGAAUUUUG